ACAGUGAAACGAGUUUCUAGUAAUUUACUGAUAAAUAAAUUUAACAUUAGUGCUUAUAACAUGAACGAACCUGUAGAGAAAUCUCGAGAAAAGAUAAAAUGUGUAAUUUGUUUGUGUUCUCCAUCGACAACGUUGUCAUUUACCACACCGAUCGACGUGGAGGGAACUCAAAUUUAUUGUGGCGUUAUGUACAAAAGAUUUAUCGGAUUGGAAGACGAUGCAAUCGGAAACAUCAGUCGCAAUGAUCUCAAACUGUGUCUUAUUUGCUUCACUAAGCUCAAUACGUGCUACGUAUUUCAACAACAAGCCAUAAAGUCGGCUAAACAUUUGCUAGACAUCUCAUUUAUGUGCAAAAAUACUAUCGUUUCCUCGACAUCAGAAAACGAACCAAAUAUUGAUGGAACAAUCGUGGAGUUCAAUAGCGAAAUCGUUCAUCUAGCUUGUGUUGAAGGAGCACCAGAAGACGGAAACAUUGGCCACCAAAUUCAAGAUGCAUAUGGAACUAAUUGCCUUGAGGUACUCGAAGAAACCGAAUCCGACCCAUUGGUACAUGGGACGUGUAACGAAGAAACAUUCGAGGAGGAAUAUCUAGUUGAAUCGGAUGAAUUAGAGCAUAACAUCAACAAUCAGCAAUGGAAUCCGGAGAAAUGUUCAUCUACAUACUCCGAAACGGGAGGUACAGAUUCCCAUAUCGACAAUAUCGAACCACAUGAGGAUUGGCCGGAUGAUAAAACUGAGGCCGACAAAGAACAAAGAAACAUUGCUACCGUCCAAGCAGAGCCAUGUGCCAGCUGUGUGCAGAGUAGGCACCACAUGCCAACAUUACGGCACCAUUUUCUUGAGAGCCACUGCAUGAGAAAAGCCGAUAAUCAACUCCACUGUACCAUCUGCCAGCGUAAUUUUAAAUCCAGAAAAACGUACAUACAACACCUCCCUAUACACCAAUCGUACAGCCUGUACGUAUGCAGGUUUUGCUCGCAAUCGUUCCGGUACCAACACCACCAGAAAAGGCACGAACUUACCCAUUCAAAGGAGAAGCCCUACGGUUGUAAGUUGUGCCCAAAAACGUUUCCCACAAAACACGAUUUAAGGAACCACAUUGCACAGCACAACGAAAUGGCCAAUAAUAGGUGUGAUGUGUGUUCGGUGCGUUUUAAAACAUUAAAAAGUCUUAAAAUUCAUAAACUCAAGCAACACGAUCAGGUGGCAAAAUUUUUCGAGCCCUACGCUUGCGAGCACUGUGGCAAAAUGCUAUACUCACAGACGGCCGCAACAUACCAUGCUAAUUACAAAUGUAACAAACAAUCUACGGAAGCUGGUACUUUCUUCAUCCGUUGUGCGAUAUGCAAGCGGCAAUUCGGGACGCGUACCCAGCUGGAAACCCACCUCGAAGCGGAACACACUACCGAAGAGCAACAGAUAUUAAUUGAUGGUAGGAAAUCGGUACACCACGAGUGUGAUGUGUGCGGUAGGAGAUUUUCCCAGGGUAUCACACUUAGACGACACAAGCUAAGGCACGAGGGCAUCAAACCGUACCAAUGCGACCACUGCCAGCGACGUUUCACGCAAAAGGGCACCCUCAAGACGCACCUUCGGACGCAUACAAACGAAAAACCAUAUCUCUGUCCCGUGUGUGGGGACAGUUUCCGGUCGGCGGGAACGCUUCGAAACCACCGAAUACGGCGAUGUGGGAGCGGCGAAAGUUGAUCAAAUAAAGUGUAACAAGCAUUAUGCUUAGCAAACCAUCUUCAGACAUGGAAUGUUUAGCAGUUCAUGCCAGUUGUAGAUUAUCCUUUUCUCACAUGGAAUAGGGAUAAAUAUACACAUAAGAACUAAAACACUUUCUACAUUCUGUUGUUGUUA